CUUGAAAUAGCGCCAAAAUCCACUCCAAGAUAUUUUUUUUCUCUCCCUUAUCCCUCAAAUAGCGAAGGAGUUGAUAUCCCAAAUAAACGAAACCGAAGAGUUAUUUGCUGGUGGUGCAUUAACCAUGGCAUGCUCUCCAUCUCUAAUCUCUGCAAUAUCUCUCACUGACGCAACGAGGCUCAAGAGGGUCUCCUCUCCUUCUAUGUUAAGCCCGAAAGCCAUGGCCAAGGAAAUUUACUUCAACCAUGAUGGUUCAACCACGAAGAAGCUUCUGGCAGGGGUGGAGAUGGUGUCAGAAUUAUUAGGAGUGACUUUAGGACCGAAAGGAAGGAAUGUGGUGUUGCAAAACAAGUACGGACCUCCCAAGAUUGUUAAUGAUGGAGAAACUGUCCUCAAAGAGAUUGAACUGGAGGAUCCCUUGGAGAAUGUUGGAGUAAAAUUGGUGAGGCAAGCUGGUGCAAAAACAAAUAACCUUGCUGGUGAUGGUUCGACAACAUCUGUGGUUCUUGCUCAUGGUUUAAUUGCUGAGGGUCAAAAGGUGAUUGCAUCUGGCAUGAAUCCUGUUCAAAUUGCUCGUGGGAUUGUGAAAACCUCAGAAGCUCUUGUAUCUGAACUCAAAUUGAUGUCGAGGGAGGUUGAGAACGAUGAGCUUGCAGAUGUUGCUGCAGUUAGCGCAGGGAAUGAUUAUACAGUGGGAAACAUGAUAUCCGAUGCACUUCAACAAGUGGGAAGAAGGGGUGUAGUCACAAUUGAGAAAGGAAGGUGUACCGAGAACAUCCUAGAAAUUGUAGAAGGAAUGCAAUUCGAUCGUGGAUAUUUGUCUCCUUACUUCGUAACUGAUCGGCAAAGAAUGGUCGCGGAGUUCCACAACUGCAAGCUACUCUUGGUUGACAAAAAAAUACAGAAUGCAAAGGAGGUAUUCAAAAUAUUGGAUAAUGCAGUUAAAGAGAUGUACCCAAUUGUAAUAGUUGCAGAAGAUGUGGACCAGGAAGCUCUGGCUCCAAUCAUUAGGAACAAACUCAAGGGUCUAUUGAAAGGAGCUGCUAUUAAAGCUCCUGCCUUUGGUGAACGGAAGAGCCACUACUUGGAUGACAUCGCUAUCUUGACAGGAGGCACUGUAAUUAGAGAUGAUAUGGGGCUGAAGCUAGAAAAGGCUGGGAAGGAGGUGUUGGGCACUGCUACUAAGGUGGUGAUAACAAAAGAUUCCACGUUGAUAGUAACUGAUGGGAGCACUCGAGAAGCUGUGGAGAAAAGGGUUUCUCAGAUAUGUAGUCUUGUUGAGAACACUGAAGAAAAAUUUCAAAAGAAAAUAUUGAAUGAAAGAAUAGCAAGGUUAUCUGGAGGGAUUGCUAUUCUGCAGGUAGGAGCACAAACACAAGUUGAGUUGAAGGACAAACUGCUGAGAAUUGAGGAUGCUUUAAAUGCAACAAAGGCAGCAAUUGAGGAAGGUGUAGUAGUUGGAGGUGGUUGUAGCCUUUUGAGGCUAUCAACUAAGGUGGAUGGUAUUAAAGAAUUUUUGGAUAAUGAAGAGCAGAAGAUGAUUGGAGCUGAGAUCUUCAAAAGAGCUUUGAGCUAUCCUGCACGAUUAAUAGCUAAGAAUUCUGGUGUAAAUGGAAAUGUCGUCAUAAACCAGGUUUUGUCAAAUGCUGAUAUAAGAUAUGGAUACAAUGCUGCAACCGACACUUACGAGGAUUUGAUAACUGCUGGAAUUAUAGAUCCCACGAAGGUGGUUAGAUGUUGUUUGGAGCAUGCAACAUCGGUGGCCAAGACAUUCCUGACAUCCGAUGCUGUCGUGGUUGACAUCAGGGAAUCAGAUCCCCUCCCAAUGAGGAAACGAAUGCCACCAGUAGCCCCUCCUCCUAUGCCAAAAUCCCCAGGUGUUGGACCAGUUGGCGUAUACUUAUAGUCUGGUAACUUCAGUUUUCAAAUACAUGCCCAUUACUCCGUUUUUUAUCUUUGAAAUCUUGGAUCAUUUAAGAGAAGGAAUCGGCAACGGUUAUUACGUAGAACGGGCACAACCAAACUAUCCAAGUUAUCCUAUAAAAUGGUGUUGAAUAUUUAACAAAGACUAGCCAGAACCCAGUAGCUGCAGAGUAUAAUUUUUUCUCACGAAGCAUGCCUGUUGCAUUUAAAGAACAAGGUGUCGCCUCCUUAAAUUUAGCUCAAAAGGAAAUGCACUCCGUCCACAGAGUGAUUUUUUAAGAUAAGGUGGUCGUGCAGUUCAACUCACUUCUGAAAAGAAAUGACUCAAGAAGCUUGUUAGAGAGAGAUGGGAAAGACAACGGCAAGAGAGAAAGGGCCACUGUUACAUGAUUCGCAUCCAAUGAUCCGGACAAAGUAGCUCCUUGUCACCUACUGUGAGCUUUGCAGUAUUUGCUCUGAAAAUUGUACAUGCAUUGUAGAAAGCCUUCUGUGCUCAUGAUUUGAAUAUAUAUAAUUCUGCUCAGCAUCGUUGUUUUUUGAAGGUUGUUAA